AUGGCGAGCUGGGGCUGGGCCCGGGCCGUGCGGGGGCUGCUGCUCGAUGUCAGCGGCGUUCUCUACGACAGCGGUGCCGAUGGCGGUGUCCCCAUCGCCGGCUCGGCCGAGGCCGUGCGCAGGAUCAAAGCCUCUGGGCUGAAGCUGCAGCUCUGCACCAACGAAACCCAAGCGCCCCGGGAGGAUUUUGUGAGGAAGCUGAGGGCCAUGGGCUUCGACAUCUCGGUGGCCGAAGUGACGGCGCCGGCGCCGGCCGCCUGUCGCCUCCUGAAGGAACGCGGCCUGAGGCCACACCUGCUGGUGCACCAUGAUCUUGUCCCUGAAUUUGCUGAGGUCGAUAAGAUAAACCCAAAUUGUGUGGUUCUUGGAGAUGCAGCAGAAAACUUCACCUAUGCAAACCUUAACGAGGCUUUUCGACUUCUGAUUGGGAUGGAGAAGCCUGUUUUGAUCUCCCUUGGAAAAGGACGCUACUAUAAAGAAACUGAUGGUCUGAAACUUGAUGUUGGAGCAUAUAUGAAGGCAUUAGAGUAUGCUUGUGAUGUCCAGGCUGAGGUGGUGGGGAAACCAGCAAAAAGUUUUUUUGAGUCAGCCCUGGCAGAACUGGGGGUUCCACCAGAGCAGGUAAGGUUGAGCUGCCAUGACUACAGGCUGUGCCAUACAUUUGUGCCCACUGGUGCUUUUUUCUCUGCUCUCCUAUAACUUUGAAAAGUUACAAAAGAAGCUGAAGGACAAUGUGACCAGGACUCAGUGCCUGGAAGAGGCAAAAGUGCCCUAAUGCCUGGCAGUCUUCUUGGAGACUGGUGACUGCAGGGGGGUGGAAUUAAUCCCAAAAUGUCAUUUAUUUCCUGUGUUGUCACACUACCUUUUUUUUUUUAAUAAAAGAGGAAGGCAGAAGUAAAAUAUUUUAUAA